AUGGGUAUAUUAUUAGUCCCUUUCCCCUCUUUUCCUCUUCUUCUUCUUUUCUUCCUUUUUGCUGCUUCCCUCCUUACUCCUGCAGGGACAGCACAAGAAGGAGACACCUCAUCAAUUGUCCCUAGAAGUCUAAGGGGGAGCCCCUUGCCCGCUACUGUCUCCUCCCCUGUCUCUUCCCCUGUCUCCUCUGGUGGCUCCUCUGAUGGCUCCCCUCCCUCUGGUGUCUCCUCUCCCUCUGAUGGCCCCUCCCCUGUCUCCUCUCCUUCUGGGUUAGGGACACCUCUGCAGCAGACUUCUGUCUCUAUGGAGGUGGAGGAGGGGGAGGAGGAUGAAGAGGAAGAGGGACACAAGAUAAGGAGACAGGAGAGGAGACAGGCAGAUCUGUCCCCGUCUGUCUCCUCUGCAAUGCCGUCUCCUCAGCUGCAGCUGCUGCAGCGUCUAUUUAGUCCCUCUUGCCCUGUACACUGGGGGCCCCUUGCUGCAGCAGCAGCAGCAGCAGAGGAAGGGACAGAAUUGACGGCACAGCAAAUAAAAAAGGAGACACAAGAGUCGUCAGCUGAUAAGCUGCCGGAUACCCACAGCAGCAGCAACAGCAACAGCAACAACAGCAACAACAGCAGCAGCAGUAGCAGCAACAACAAUAGGCUGCUGCCCCACCGCAUACGCAUGCAUGCGUCCCCCCCUACUCUUAUCCCUGGUGUUCCUACAGUUGUGUAUGCAGAAGUUGUUGAUGAGGAAGGGCGUCUCUUCCCUACAGACUGUGGCUCGGUGUCUCUACAGCUUCUAGAGGAUCCAUUAAGUGCAGCAGCAGCAGCAGCAGCAGAUGGAGCAGCAGCAGGAGCAGCAGAUAUGUUAUUAAGUGGCUUGGGCCCUCAGCUGCUACAAGGAGGCAGAGCUGUAUGGGAGGUGCAACUGUCUCCUUCUGUCUCCUCUCCCUUCUUCUUUAUAUUAGAGGCCCUGCCUCGUCUAUGCUCUGUAUCUAUGUUAGUAGAUGAGGGACUGCUGCAGCAGCAGCUCAGCUUAUUCGAGGAGACACUUGUGUCUCCUUCUCGUUUGCUGCUACCUGUAGCUCACGAAGAGUCUCCUUUGGGAUCGGGAUCGGGAUCGGGAUCGGGAUCGUCAGGGGGGCAGGAUACAGCUGCUACAGCAGGAGUAACCCAACCCCUCGAGGGUCCUGAUUCCCCCCUUGUCUCCGUUCGUCUCCUUGAUGCAUCCUUACAGACGACGGAGACAGCAGCAGGAGACACGGGGAGACAAAAGGAGACAGAUCCAUUACAUCUUGUUUUUGUCCCCUUUACACCUGCAGUGACACCCGAGAAACCUCGCUAUGGUUACUUUAUCCGGCUGUCUAGACAGCCUGCAGGACCUGUCUCCUUGUUAGUGUCUCCUCAGCUAAUUAGAGGGACAGGAGACAAGGAGGAGGAGAGUGCAAAAGAAAAAGGGCCUAAUGAUCUGGUUCUCCUUGUUAGGGGACAGCAAAAAAACCCACAAGAUAAAUAUACUUGGGUGUUUAGUCCGCAGCAAUGGCAACAGUUUGUUGCUGUUGAGGUUGAGCUCACUGUUGCUGCUGUUGCUGCUGCUGCUGCUGCACUUACUGCAGGGCAGCCUCCCUUCGAGCUCCUUGUAGCUCACGACCUGUCUCCCUUUAAACCUUCUCCUGCUCGUACGACACCCGGUGAAGCAGCAGCAACUGCAGAUGAUGCAGCAGCAGCUGCAGCUGCAGCUGCAGCAGCAGCAGCAGUUCCCCAGGGGCCUCCUCCUACGGUGUCUGUCCACUGUCGCGUGCACACCUACGCAGACGACGCAGCAGAGGAGGCUCUCUGGGGCCCCCCUGGAGGGGUCACCAAGAGGCCCCCGAGGCCUUUAUCUGUGCGGUGUCGGUUGGAGAGCAACAAGGAGAUAGAGGGGACAGUAGGGUUGAGGGUGAGGGCUGGUAGGGCCCUACGAGUAGUGUCUCCUUCUCCAGGGACAGAGUUGGUGCUGCGGACUAUUCGGAGAGGGGAUCGUCUCCCCAUGGGAUCGAAGGAGGGAGCGACCGAAGGAGACAGUAGUGGCGAGCCGCAACAACAACAGCAGCAGCAACAACAGCAGCGUUACCCCUUGGUUGAAGCGGGGGAUGAGGAGACAGGCGACAACGAAGACAGUGAAGAAGAAGAGGAGACAGGCGAGGUCGUUGCUCUCGUGAGGCCCGAGGCAACAGGCUGCGGAGACAGUGCAUGCACUCUUACAUUUCAUUUGGGGCUGCGAGAUGAGCGUAUAGGAGGAGACCUUCGCCUGGUGCCUGCAGGGGGGAAGGUUGCUGUUUUUCCCCCUACAGAGCGUUGGGUGUCUCCGUCUCCUUCAUCUUCUUCCUCUAAACAAGCAACAAGAGAAGCAGGAGAAGAAGACAAAGCAGCAGAAGAGGAGGUAGCAGGGGAGACAGUUCCUGUCUCUAUUGAGCUCGUUAGACCUUGGGUCCUUAUGCCAGGCAACGAGGCAAACAUAGAUGUCCUCUUAUCCGGGGGUAACCCUGGGGAGGCAGAGGAGGCACUUAAGGCCUGUUUUAGGGCUCGUUGUGAGAGAACAGAUAAGUACCCCGUUACUGCUACAGUCCGCUGCGGUGUCUCCGAAGAGCAGCAGCAGCUGCAACAACAACAACAGCAGCAGCAGGGUACAAGAGUCCCAGGGGCCCCUGUGCCCCUUUCUAUUAAGCUAAUGCCUGCUGUCUCCGCGCAGUGCCGCCUCUUUACCCCCAAAGGAGAAGAGAUAGGAGACCUGCAAAUAGCAGCAACAACGCUUGCAUCCUGCGGAGACACUACAUUUUACAGCAGAGAUGCAGCUGCAUGCAAGCCCUGUCCCCUUGGCUUCUUCUGCUCCCUCGGUAGACUCUUUCGAUGCAAAGACCCCACACAAGAACAAUGCACCCUCUGUCCUGAGGGCGAAGAGCCCAAGCAAACCCCUUGCCGUGUGGGGUAUUACUGGGAUAAAGACGCAUGCAAAGAGUGUCCCUUGGGUCAUGCAUGCAACGGAGACACUGCAGUUGCAUGCGCGAAGGGCCUUGUCGGUUCUACCACAAACACCUUGAGGGCUGCAUGCGAAGAGUGUCCCCCUGAGCACUUGUGUCCUCACCCAGGGAGGGCUCCCAUUUCAUGUCCCUCAGGCUUGGUGGACGGGUCUGGCGGUUGCCGUGCAUGCCCUGGUGGGUUUGCUUGCUCGUUGGGUGUCUUGACAGCUUGCGAGAGGUUUUUCUCUUAUUCUUUGCCGGGGGAGUUGAGUUGCCGUCCCUGUCCGCCGGGAUCGGAAUGUCUCGAUCCCGCUCAGCCCCCCUCUGCAUGCGCUGAGGGGGAGGCGUUGUUAGAAGAGGUUAGGGAUGGGGUAAGGGAGAGACGCUGCAGGCCUUGUCCCCCUGGCAGUGUCUGUCCCUCGCCUCUCCUAGUUUUGCCUGUCUCCGAGGGAUUCGAAAGAGACCCAGACAAUGCAACCAUCCAGAGACCUAUAGACAUCUGCCACACCCACUUAACAGACCCCAAGUGUCCUCAAGGUGGUGUCUGCUGGGGAGGUAAAUUCUAUCCUUGCCCGGAGUAA